AUGCCCUAUCACCACGUACAGUCGGAGCACAUUCGCCACACCUCUUCUCCCCUCACGACAGCGAGUAAACACUCCGUACUCCCGGUUCCCAGCCCGCGGUGCCACCGUGCAGCAGGGCUCGGUUCUGACCCAUAUUCCUCUGCCGCUGAGCGAGAAACAAUACCUUGUUUAUCCGCACCCCGCUCGAGGAGGGGGUGCGCGCGUCGGCGGCGGGGCCGGGCGGAGGCACCCAGCGCUCCCAGCGCCCGACGACCCCGCCCCCGAGCCCCCCGCGCUUCUACCUGUCUGCUUUUCUGGCUGCUCUCUUGCUGUGCGUGGACUUUGAGCUGGGAAGUUCUGCCACCCUUCAGAUUCCUAGGGAAUGUGCCUCUAGCUGAAUGUGUAGCAUCAUUCUCUUGAAUGGGCCAAGCCUCAGCUUAUCUGCUAUAUAAAGCCUUCAUCAUACACUCAUUUGGGAGAUUGCCGACCUGAUCAUCCUGCAGUAACUGAGGGAUAUUAUAAACCUGUACCUGGAAUUGAACUCACGACCUUGCGCUUGCC